AUGGCGGAAAAUCAUCAUCGAGUGGGUGGUCAAAAUACCUCUUCCCAUACCGCAACAGAAAAUACACCACUUCUCUUUCCACCAAGGAACGAUACACCUGCGAUUGAAGAAGUUUUGGUAGACAAUGAUGGCGAUUCAACAGGAACGAAUGUCGAUCCCAAUGAAUUCGAUUUGAUGUUAUCGAGAACAACAUCAUUCACAGCCAUAGGAAUUGAAACCAAUCCUCAAGAAUCAUCUAUGUUUCGAAGUUCUCGCAUUCAUCACCACCCCAAACGCGGAUCUCGAAAUUCCAGUCGUGUAAGCACGAGAAGGAAAUCCAUUUCUGCUUCUAUACGGAGUAUACGAGAAACCAUCGAGGACGAUGACGAGGAAUCCAAAUCCCCUUUUCUAGGCGGUGUCGGAGUCAAGAGAUUUUGGCUCAUUUUCAGCGGUGUGCUGCUAACAUAUACAUUAUCUUCAUUCGAUUCUACAAUCAUGGUUUCGAGUCAUCCAGUUAUCACUUCGUAUUUUCAUGCGUCAAAUAGUGCAUCUUGGUUAUCCACCGCAUUCCUCCUCACAUCCACCAGUUUCCAACCGAUUUUUGGACGGCUCUCCGAUGCGAUGGGAAGAAAACCUCCAUAUAUUUUCUCUAUGAUUUUGUUUCUAGUAUCGACAAUUUGGUGUGCUCUGGCUCAAAGUAUGACGAGUUUUAUUAUCGCAAGAGCAGUUUGUGGUUUGGGUGCGGGGGGUGUCAUGUCCAUGGGAUCGAUUAUCACAAGUGAUCUCAUACCCAUCGAGAUCCGCGGAGCGUAUCAAUCAUAUCUGAAUAUUGUUUUUGGAAUUGGAGCAGCGUCGGGUGCGGCACUAGGUGGUGCGAUUGCGGAUCAUCUUGGAUGGAGAUGGGAAUUUGGAGGGAAGAAGACUUUAAAAGAGGCUUUGAGUGUUUUUGAUUACAAAGGUUCGUUGUUGCUAAUGGCUACUAUCACUUUCUUCAUACUAGCGAUUAAUCUCGGUGGUAAUAUCUACCCCUGGACACACCCUCUAAUCCUCACUUGUAUAAUCCUCACCAUCAUCGGUCUUCCCCUAUUCGUCAUAACCGAACACCACGCCCCCCAACCCGUCAUGCCUCUCUCCCUCAUAACUCACAAUCCCCGCGGUUCCCUCAUCAUCGGCAACGCCCUCGGCUCCAUCGUAAUCAACGCUGUCCUCUUCAAUAUUCCCCUCUAUUUCCAAGCCGUCCUCCUCGAAUGCCCCACCGCAUCCGGUCUUCGUCUCAUCAUCCCCUCCAUCGCCGCCAGCGCAAUCGGUACCCUGACCGGUUUCCUCAUUACCUGGACUCGCAACCUCAAAACCCCCUUGGUCCUCGGUGUCUCUCUUUACGUCAUCGGAACUAUAGGAUUAGUAGCUAUGAAUCGCUCCCUACAGAAUUGGGUAUAUGUUUUACUUUUGAUUCCAUCGAGUAUGGGCCAAGGAUUCCAAAUGCCGGGAAGCUUUAUGUGUGUUUUGGCUGUGAGUGAACAGGGGGAACAAGCGGUUGUUACGACGACCUUAGUUUUGUGGAGGAGUAUGGGACAGGUUCUGGGGGUGGCAGUCAGUUCGCUCAUUGUGCAGAAUUCGUUGGUGGGAUUCUUGAAUGCGAAUGUUGUGGGGUCGGAUAAGGAGAAGGUAAUCGAAGCAGUCCGCUCCUCCGUCCAAGCAGUAGCAGGACUCGAACCCCAUUACAGAGACCAAGUCAUAGAUUCCUACGCCCAAGCACUACAAGCCGCGUAUAUUUUUGCGUUGGUGAUGAGUAUUUUAUCUUUUGGUAUAACGAUCAGGAUUAAACUGCCGAAACUUGGGUUUAGGAAGUGA